AUGUCAAGAGCCGCGACGCCCUCAUUACCGCUGCCAAAUGGCACGCCCGGAUACUCCAAGUCUUCCCGCACCGUGUCGCCGUCCCUCCAACCUCCACAGCCCGCCCAGCGCUCUACACCUCCGUCAAUAACCUCGGGCUACUCUCUCCUCUCCACGCAGGAGACUGCAGAAAAACUCCAGACGUCGGCGACCCACGGUCUCUCCGCAUCCGAUGCCUCGGCGCGCAUACACAUCCACGGCCACAAUGAGCUACCGCACGAAGAACCCGAGCCACUGUGGCUUCGUUUUGUCAAGCAGUUCAAGGAGACUCUUAUCCUGCUGCUCCUAGGAUCAGCAGCUGUAUCUGUCAUAAUCGGCAAUUUCGACGAUGCAGUCAGUAUAACGGCCGCAGUGACGUUCGUGGUGACAGUGGGUUUUGUGCAGGAAUACCGCUCAGAACAGUCCAUAGAGGCGCUGAAGCAAUUAGUCCCGCACUCGGCACACAUCAUUCGCGCGGGGGUAGAGCAAUCCCCAAGCAGACGUACACCAAAUGGUCACGCAAGCGACGGCAUAGAGUUGGACAACCUGAAAGAUACCCCCGCUUCACUGGCAGCAGCGGAGGCAAAGUCUGCGACCAUAUCUGCAACCUUGCUAGUACCAGGAGACCUGGUUCUCUUCCACACCGGCGAUCGCAUACCCGCAGAUGUCCGCAUCACCCACGCAGCAGAUCUCACGAUCGACGAGUCGAACCUCACCGGAGAGAACGAACCUGUGUCGAAAAUUCCAGACGCCAUUGCGCCUCCAUCGGGCAUUCAACGCGCCGGCUCGCCCUUCUACGCUUCAGAAGCUGCAGGAACAGUGGGAGCCGACAUCCGACUCAAUGACCAGAAGAACAUCGCAUUUAUGGGAACACUGGUACGAUCUGGAUACGGGCAGGGAAUUGUCAUCGGCACAGGAGGCAAUACCGAGUUUGGUGCCAUCUCAGCAUCCCUAGGGGAGAUUGAGAGCCCGCGAACACCACUGCAAAUGUCUAUGGAUCGACUUGGAAAAGACCUGAGCUACUUCUCGUUCGGUGUGAUCGGCCUCAUCGGCGUCAUUGGGCUCUUACGGGGCUGGACUGUUCUAGAGAUGUUCCAGAUUGGCGUUUCGCUUGCGGUUGCUGCUAUUCCGGAAGGACUGCCCAUCAUUGUCACAGUCACGCUGGCGUUAGGUGUGCUUAAGAUGUCCAAGCGGGAUGCCAUUGUGCGGCGACUUCCGAGCGUGGAAACGCUGGCCACGGUCAACGUCGUCUGCACGGACAAGACUGGUACUUUGACGACUAAUCACAUGACUGUUGCAAAGCUCUGGCACUUUGGCGAGGAAGCGCCAAUCGAUGUCAAGAAGAAGCACGAAACUUCCGACCUCAAUUCUCCUACUCGAAACAUCCUGCGUAUUGGAAACAUCGUCAACAAUGGCAGGUUAUUGAGCGAUCAGGCUGCAUCUGCAUCCACGGCAGCAGUUCUCUCAUCGACGUCUGGCGACGAUGCCUCAUUGGUUAGAAGUCGGUGGGCAGGCCAGCCGACGGACGUUGCUCUUCUAGAUCUUCUGGAUGCAUUCGGUGAGGACGAUGUGCGAGAGAGACUUGGCGAGCGCAAAUUUGAGACGCCCUUCAGCUCAGAGAGGAAAUGGAUGGGUGUUGUCAUCAACGGCAGUCUGGGUACAGGUUUGACAUCAGGCGCCGACGUUGCUUACAUCAAAGGAGCUUUAGAGAGAGUUUUGGAUCGCUGCGACACCUAUGUUACUGCUGAUGGGAAAGAAGUGGUCCUGGAUCAAGCGCGGAAGCAAGAAGCGUUGAAUGCAGCAGAGGCUAUGGCCCAAGAAGGCCUGCGAGUGCUUGGCUUUGCAAGCGGAGAUGACGAACAAUAUCGUGGUCUCGUGUUUGCGGGCCUAGUCGGUAUGAGCGAUCCCCCGAGAAAAGGCGUGGCAAAGGCUAUUCGGCGUCUCAUGGCCGGCAAGGUCAAAGUGAUUAUGAUCACAGGAGAUGCGGAAACCACAGCUGUCGCUAUUGGCAAGAGUCUUGGUAUGCCAAUCAUAGCAAACUCAGCCCUUGGACGCUCGGUAAUCUGCGGCGACGAGCUCGACCACAUGAGCGACGAAGAACUCGCUCAAGCUAUCGCAACAACAUCAAUUUUCGCACGCACAAGCCCUGAACACAAACUGAAGAUCAUACGAGCACUCCAGUCUCGAGGGGACGUCGUUGCGAUGACUGGCGACGGAGUCAACGAUGCGCCAGCCUUGAAGAAGGCUGACAUUGGUAUCUCCAUGGGCCUGUUAGGAACCGACGUAGCCAAGGAGGCUGCCGACAUGAUCUUGACCGACGACAACUUCGCAACCAUUCUGAACGCUAUCGAAGAAGGCAAAGGCAUCUUCUACAACAUCCAAAACUUCCUCACUUUCCAGCUCAGUACCAGUGCGGCCGCAUUAAGCUUGGUUUUAGUCAGUACUGCCUUGGGCUUCAAGUCUCCGCUCAAUGCCAUGCAAAUUCUAUGGAUCAACAUUAUCAUGGAUGGUCCGCCAGCGCAGUCCCUCGGUGUCGAACGCGUCGACCCAGCCGUAAUGGCCCUACCGCCUCGCUCUCGACACGCCCGUGUCCUGACCCGUCCACUAAUCCAACGAGUUCUGCAAUCCGCCACUAUCAUCAUGCUCGGAACCAUGAUCACAUACUACCGCGAAAUGUCCAUUGACGGAGAAGUCACCGAGCGCGACACCACGAUGACAUUCACCUGCUUCGUCCUCUUCGACAUGUUCAACGCACUCACAUGUCGCUCCAACACCAAGUCCUUCCUAUCAGGCGAGAUUGGUGUUUUCGAUAACAAAUUCUUCAACUACGCUGUUGGCGGGAGUCUUAUAGGCCAGCUGUUAGUCAUCUACUUCCCACCAUUACAGCACGUGUUCCAGACAGAGGCACUGGGCUUGCUCGACAUUUGCCACCUUCUCGCAGUGGCAAGUUGCGUGUUUUGGGUAGAUGAGGGGCGAAAGUUCUACUUACGGUGGAAAAGCAGAAGGGGGUAUGGAGGUGGUUAUAGCACCGUUGUAUAA